AAGUGACGCAAUUACUUCUCCUCUUGAACCAUGCUUGAAUGGAGGUGACCUUACUUAUUACCAAAUUGUAAAGUAAAGAAAGUUGGGGACCCCGCGGGCAGGUGAGUCCGGUCCGGGUUUGAUAAUAAACUUGUGGUGAAUAUCUAAGCGGACCUUGAAGGUGUCUCCAGAGUGAGCAGAAAUGGCAGAGGCUCAUCAGGCACGCGUGCAGAAUGUGAUCGAAGACAUGGUCCAAAGCCUGGAGAAGGACCACAUCCGUAAAAUGCAGGGGCGCAUGUUCAGGUGCAGCGCAGAGUGCUGCGAUCGCUCCACAGACAGCAUGGCUCAGGUGCAUCAGUGCAUCGAAACGUGUCACACACCCCUGGCCAAAGCUCAGGGUCUGGUCACUUCAGAGCUGGAGAAGUUUCAGGACCGUCUAACUAGAUGUACGAUGACCUGCAACGAUAAAGCAAAGGAUCUCUUUGACUCCGGCGCCAAGGAGCCAGCUGUUCGAUCGCUGAUGGACCGCUGCGUGGGCAGUUGUGUGGAUGACCAUGUUAACCUGAUCCCCAGCAUGGCCCGACGACUAAAAGAGAACUUGGACUCUAUACGGCAGUGAGGGGCGGGAUAAAUGACUGCAGUCCAUCCUGGGGAAAGCUCGGGGGCAUGGAGUUUAUUUAUCUAAGGAGUGAAGGGCUGGAGGUGCAGAGGGAGAGUUCAAAG